UACCUUCAACAAAAAGCAAUUUCUUUAGCAGGUUUUAAUUAUUUGGCUUGUCGAUUUUUACUGCUAAAAGGUGAUCCUGCUGUAUUUGUGUGUGUGUGUAUAGAGAGAGAGAGAGAGAAGGGGAGAGAGAACUGUUACAUUGAACAAGCUUCAAGUUUGAUUUGCUAUACAGAAGUGGAUGUACAGGUUGAUCUUGAAGCUGUAUAUAUAUGGAAUUUGGGGUCUUGCUAAUUUGAUUUAUCGGGUACAGUUACGUAAUAUUAAAGGUGGCUAAUCCGGGGGAAAGCGGCGAGUUUACCAGAGUUCCGGCGGCAUCAGGCAGUAGAGAAACCACCACCUCCACCACUACUACCAGCUUUGCCACCACUACUCAGCCUUAUGAACAAAUACAAACAUGGGAAAGAAUGCAAUCGCAGCUACAGCAAGAACAAGGAAACUUUCUACUAUCUGGGGCGGAGGAACCAAUGUUUUCAGGAUACAGUCAGACGAGAGAGAUGCCGGAAACGGUGCCAACUCUAACGCAUGCCAUCCCGGGACGGAGUUACAGAGAGUGGAGCUUUAGGCCUGAUCCAAGUGGUGCUGGUGGCUCUGGAAAUAUUCAGUAUUCGCCAUCAUCGCCUUAUUCUUCGUCGAGUACAGGAUCUUGGACUGGACAGAAGAGAACGCGAGAUCAAGAUUAUAGUGUUACUCAGUUUCCAGAGCAAGUCCAGAGGAUCUAUGGCGGGUUUGGAGAAUCAUCAUUCUCUGUCAAAACUGAGGUGGCAGAAGCAGGUGGCACAAGUGUUACACCAUCCCCCACCACCACUGUGGAACACCAGCUACAGCCGCCGCCGCCGCCACCAGAAACCUCAACAGAAGAACAGGGAGAAAGAAGAAAAAAAUAUAGAGGGGUAAGGCAGAGGCCAUGGGGCAAAUGGGCAGCAGAAAUAAGGGACCCACACAAAGCUGCAAGAGUAUGGCUAGGCACAUUUGAAACUGCUGAAGCAGCCGCUAGAGCAUAUGAUGAAGCUGCACUCAGAUUCAGAGGCAACAAAGCCAAACUAAAUUUCCCUGAAACUGUCAGAAACUUGCCACCGCCACCGCCACCGCCACAAACCACGACCCUAGCGGCGGCCGCCGCGUCGCCACCAGCAGCAGCAGCAUUCUUCCAAAACCAACCAUUUCAAAUAUCUGAAACCGCAAGGGACUACUGGGAAUACUCGCAAUUACUUCAAAACACUGCCGAUUUUCAACAACAGCAGCCUACAAGCUUUUUAGAACAAAUGUUCUAUGCCUCGUCAAUGGCGGCUACUUCUUCAAAUCCUCUGCAGUUCCCCAGUCAACAACAAACAGUUAAUUCACAGUCACAGUCACAGUCACAGACACAGACACAAGGAAAUCAAACUCAAGAAAGCACACCAAAUUUUCCUGCACCGCCAUGGACCAGUUCAACCCACUAUCCUUCAUCUUCUAGCUAAAUUUUUAUACUUCUUUUUUUUUUUCUUUAUGUUUUUCCUUGAGAUUUUUGGUGGGGUUUAUGCUUAGCCCAGUUUAGUGUAGUGCAGCUAAAUGUUAGAUUUUUAUUGUAAAAGUUGAUGGAUACAUAGUUGAAAUAUUGUGGUUAUCAUAAAAUGUGUAAUUAAAAUGAAUUGGUUGAUUUUGA